AUGCGAUUUCCUACGUAUUGUUCAGUUCUGGCGAUCCUGUCGAUCCCUUCAAGUUUCUGCUUUCCGUCACUCAGUCACAUCGCAAGCCAUACAUCCAGAAACGAUGGCGCGCUUCUCGGCCUGCGCGAGACCAUUGCGCGCAUCCACGAGCGAGCCAUCAACGGCACCCUCGUCCAGCGCGACGUGACCCAGCCCGUUAAUGUCGGGGGCAAACACGCCUUUGCCGCGCCCGACUUUGACGCCGGUGAUCAGCGCGGGCCGUGUCCGGGUCUCAAUGCGCUGGCGAACCACGGCUACAUUGCGCAUACCGGCAUCACGACGUUUACGGAGCUGCUCAUCGCGGUACACGAGGUUUACAACAUGAACAUUGACCUCGCCGUCGUCCUCAUCACGCUCGCACUCGUCUUCACGGGCAACCCGGCCUCACUUGAUCCCCAAUUCUCCAUUGGCGGCGUCGACCCGCGCGUCACCAACCUCGUCGACGGCGUACUGCUACUAGGCGAGCCCCGCGGCCUCGACGGCAGCCACAAUUUCAUCGAGACGGACGGGUCGCUGACGCGCGACGACCUGUACGUGACGGGCAACGCGUGGGACAUGAACAUGACCAAGUUUCUCGAGGUGUAUCUAUGGGGCGCAAAUGGCGUCGACUCGCCGCUCACGUUUGACGACGUGGGUGACAUCUCGGCGGCCCGGUGGCAGGAAGGGGUUGCUACCAAUCCGUACUUUUGGUACGGCCCAUUGACUGGAUAUUUGCCCCGGACGGGUGGGUACGCGCUGACGUCGCGGACAAUGAGUAAUUACUCCGAGGGCAGUCUGGACGGUGUCAUUACCAAGGCCAUGUUCAAGUCCUUCUUUGCUGUCGUUGACAAUGAGACUGGCGAGUCUGGAAUGGUGUACCACAGAGGUCACGAGAGAAUGCCAGAUGAUUGGUAUCGACGUCCUGUUCCUUGGGGUUUGGUGGAUCUCAACCUCGACUUGUUGAAAUGGUCAAAGAAACAUCCAUUUCUGCUGGACAUUGGCGGAAAUACAGGCCAGGUCAAUACCUUUACCGGGCUGGACCUUUCCAACAUUACCGGUGGCUUGCUGAAUUCGGCCACCUUGCUCGAGGGCAAUAACUUGAUUUGCUUUUCCCUAGAGAUUGCAAAGACAUUUGGGCCAAAUAGCCUCAGCACAUUAUACGAGGCUCUUUCGGUGCCUGCUGGGAUCUUGACCGAUGCACUGGCUACACCAUUGCUCGACCUGUCAUGUCCCGUUUAUGCAGAUCUGUCAAACAAUGGACAAGACAUUAUAGCAUCGAUACUUGCUACUUAUCCGGGAGCGAAAAGAGCCAACAGCGCAUUGUGA